AUGCUUCAAGAUCAUAUGUUUAAAAGAGGAUUCAGAGGUUUCUCUUCCUCGCGAUCAAUGUUCCGAAGUAAACUAAACAAAUCAAAGUCAAAUAAGUAUGUUAGCCUGACAGCUAAGCUACCGACAAAAGAUACAAAUAAGCCAUUGUCUAGGGAAGAUAUUCAACUUAUUCAAGCCAAUUUUUUAAAGAGAACGAAUGAUCUGGAACCUGAUAUACGAUUGAAAACUACUGCACAAAUUCAUUACGAAUUGGAUAAACGGUUUAAUGCAAGGUAUUUACAGCCAUCCAAAAGCUGGUAUGAAAGCAAUUGGGAAAAGUUAAACGAGAAACGGCUUACACUAUCCAUUAGAGAGUUAAUCAAUAAAGACCCUGCGGAAUUUAAAUUUAAUUAUUAUAAGAAUUUAAAAUUUAAUAUUGAAGAUGUAACAGAACCUUUAAAAAUCGGUGAUAUAGUUCUUCUGAAAACAAAUACAUCAGAAUUUUCAAUGUGUAUCGAUUUGCCUCAAAGUCUCAAGGAUCCAAGAUAUACGUUUAUAUCAUCCACUGGAGAUCUCAUAUUUGGAAUGAGGAGUAUGAUCUUAUUAAAGAUUCCAUUCAAACUUCCCGGAAAUAUCGAAAGAUUGAUAAUUAAGGAACCCGCUCAUAAGUAUAAUCCAAUAGGUACUAUAAAAUCAUCUCUCGAUGAAACAGUUCUGGUACCUGUAAUCGCACGUCAAUUACUCAUAAAUUUUAUGCCGGCCCAGAUCUCAAAAUGUGCUACAAAACAAUUACCUGUAAUUAUUAAAAAAUUGGAACUACUUCAUCGUUAUUUACAAGAUUUUUCUGGUCCACAACAAAUACAUUUCCAUAAAUUAAUCAACAUCAUAGAAGCGUUGAAUUUAGAUAGAGCAACUGAUUACGAGAAGGGGAACGAAUAUGUAAACGAACUACUUAAACAGAAGUAUUACAAUGAUUACACUGACUUAUCUUUGAGUUCAUUGGAUGCUACUGUUGCAUUAUCUACUUAUUGGGCGAUUAUAGAGCAACAAGAUUUAUUCCUUUGGGGAGAAAUCAAAAGGAACAGCUCAUCACUAUUCCCAACAACUGUAACAAUUUUACCAUUUUCACAUCAUGUUUACUAUACAAAAUUGAUUAAAUCAUUAAGGAAGAACAAUUUUCGAAGAACUAAUGAAUUUUCCGCCUUCAUCAACGAACAUAAUUUAAAUACUUCAUCUCCUGAAAUUCAAUUUAAAUUUCCAGAGUUCCUUCACCUAUUAAAAGAAUACUGUGCUGGGAAUCUCUUAGAUAAUCCUAAAAUUAUUACCAUUUUAUCAAAAAUAUUCAGAAACUUAAAUGACUUUAAAGAAAGAGACAUAACAAAAGAUUUGGCUUACGAAUUAUUAACAAAAUUGAUACCUACUUCAAAUCUACUUGCAAACCCUCUCUUAGCCAACCAUGAUCUUUCAUUACCAACUAAUUCAGGACGUGGGGAAAACCAGUCCAAAUUAUACGAGUUGGCAACUCCUACCAAAAUUGAAUCCGGCGAAACAACAACGAAAAGACAUAAUUUUAACGAUCUAAAUGUUUAUUGUAUUGAUUCGGAAACAGCUCAUGAAAUCGAUGAUGGUAUUUCCAUAAAAAAAUAUCUAAAGAUAGAUUUACUUUAUUCAUUCAUAUUGCUGACCCUACAAUUUAUUUCAAUGAAAGACUCAAAUAAAGAAAAGAAGACAGGUAUAGAUGAUGAUAUCUUAAAGAUCGCAUACUAUAGAAGCUUUACCACAUACCUCCCUGACAACGUGGUUCCAAUGCUUCCUUCAAAAUAUUGUGAAAUGUCAGAUUUAGGCAAAUCAAAUCAAAAUAUUGAAACAUUAACUUUUUCGGUGGAUAUCACAAUCUUUGAUGGCUCUAACAAUGAAGAAACCCUUAAAAUAUUAUAUGACACGUUUAAAAUACAAUUUGGACUAGUUUCAAAUUUCCCCAAAGUUACUUAUGACACAGUAGAUAAAAUCUUAGAUAAUUCUACGAAAAUACCUGAUACUUCCAUUACGGAGGAUUUGAGACAAUUAUCAAGAAUCGCCAAAUUAUUGAGGAAGUAUAGAAUAAAUGAAAAUAAUGCAAUCGUCUUUGGCGAGGGGUUCAAUAGAGGUAUCCCAGAUUUACAAUCUACCGAAGAUGAGAUCAUUUUCACAGAUCAAAAAAAUUCAGAUUCAAAUGAACUUGUAUCAGAAAUGAUGAUAUUGGCCAAUACUUUAACUGGAAAAUAUUGUAAAGAUCAUAAAAUCCCAGUAAUAUAUAGAUGUUACUCUCCAUUGGAUAUUGGCCCUGAAGCUCAACAAGAGUGUAUAAUAUUGCGAUCGAAGAAUAUAGACCGCCUACCAUCCAAUAUAGACAUGGCAAAAAUGUCAUCAUUCUUGAAUUCUAGUUAUUAUUCAGGCACCCCAAGCAGACAUUCAAUGCUUGGUUCAGAUGAGUAUGCUACAGUAACUUCUCCCUUGCGUAGGUUUCCUGAUUUACUCAACCACAUCCAACUUCAUAACCAUUUAAAAGGCUAUCAACUGCCAUUUACCCCAAACCAUGUUGCUCAUUAUCUAACAACUAUUCAAUCAAGAUCAGAUACUUUGAAAAAUAUUGGUAACGCAGUAUAUACUGAAAUGACAUUAAAUUAUAUCAAGCUGCUAAUUAAUAAAGAACCUACUAAAGCGUUUGAUGUACUAGUUACCUCAGUUCCAAUAGAAGGAUCAGCGAGGUGUGCUAUUGUAGGAUAUGAGUAUGCAAGAGGAACAAUUAAAUUAAAAGCGGAAAUAAAUCCUGUGCCAAUAAUUGGUGACAUCAUAACAAAGUGUAAAGUAACGAAGAUUUUCCCCAUUGAAGGAGCAUUGGAGCUAUCAAUGGAGGUUCAACCGACGUAA